UAUCUAGCAUAAAAUGAAACGCAUUUUCAUCUGUCACUGUCAAACGUGAAACGAUCAGCCGAUUGCUCUUGUCGUUUUCGAAGUUUUCUUGGAGGUUGUAAUUACAUAAUUUCAAUAGCAGAAUGGCUGGAGCAGAAAAUGUCGAUGAUUCCCAAUUAAAAGGACUUUCCAAAUACUUUAACAGUACCACAAACAAAGGCAGAGCAAACUCUGCGAAGGCAACCUAUGCAGUCUUUGGUGUCAUCGCAUUAUACUUUGCAUUGAAGCCAAAAGCAAAAAAAUAAAACAAUGUUAAAGUUAUUACUCCAUUUUUAUUUAAGCAGUUUCUUUAAGAGCAAUGUUUAAUUGUCUAGUGUGAAUAAAUAAAUAAUCAUGUGAAAUAGC